AUGGCGGCCCACACCGGCCGCGCCGGAGGCCGCAAGCCGCCGCGGCGGGUCCCGGCGGCGAGGCCCGGCUCGGGCGGCCCGGGCGCCGGCGGGACCACGACCACGUACCUGGGCGCGGAGACGACGGCGCUGCUGGCGUGCGUGACGGCGACGCUGCUGGUGCUGCCGCUGCUGCUGCCGCCCCUGCCCCCGCCGCCGCCGUUCGUCCUCCUCGUGCCCGUCGCCAUCUUCGCCGUCCUGCUGCUCCUCGUCCUCGUCCCCUCCGACGCACGCGCCGCCGUCACCGUCGCCGCGCCCGCCACCUCCCCUGGCUCCUCCUCAUACUUGUAG